AUCAAGGGCGAGUCAGCCGGGCUCGGGCGGAGAGAGGAGCUGCUACGCCACAGCCCAGCGGCGGCCAUUCGCGGAAAAAGAGGCAGAGCCUGUGCCAGCUACAGCCUCCUCCGAGCCACCGCGGGCGGGCGGGACCGGCCUCUCCUCCCGCCUCGCCCCCACCCCCACCCACCUCUAUCCCAGUGUCUCCGUCUGAGGGUUUGUCCUGUUAAUGCGGGAUGAGCGAUCAGAAGAAGGAGGAGGAGGAGGAGGCGGCGGCAGCAGCGUCAGUGGCGAUGGCUACAGAAGGAGGGAAAACCUCUGAGCCAGAGAAUAACAAUAAAAAACCCAAAACCUCAGGCUCCCAGGACUCUCAGCCCUCUCCUCUGGCUUUACUGGCAGCUACUUGCAGCAAAAUAGGGACUCCUGGUGAAAAUCAAGCAACUGGACAACAACAAAUUAUUAUAGAUCCAAGCCAAGGACUGGUGCAGCUUCAAAAUCAACCACAACAGCUAGAACUGGUAACAACACAACUUGCUGGAAACGCUUGGCAACUUGUUGCUUCCACUCCCCCUGCUUCAAAAGAAAAUAAUGUUUCUCAACCAGCUUCUAGUUCAUCUAGUUCUUCUAGCAGUAAUAAUGGGAGUGCAUCUCCUACAAAAACGAAAUCAGGUAAUUCUUCCACCCCUGGUCAAUUUCAAGUCAUACAAGUACAAAAUCCAAGUGGUAAUGUACAGUACCAAGUGAUUCCACAACUUCAGACAGUGGAAGGCCAGCAAAUCCAAAUCAAUCCUACUAGUAGUUCAUCUUUGCAAGAUAUGCAGGGUCAGAUUCAGCUCAUUUCUGCAGGUAAUAAUCAAGCUAUACUGACAGCUGCUAACAGGACAGCUUCUGGGAAUAUCCUUGCUCAAAACCUAGCAAAUCAGACAGUUCCAGUCCAAAUUAGACCUGGUGUCUCAAUACCACUGCAGUUACAAACCCUCCCUGGUACUCAGGCUCAAGUUGUAACGACCCUACCAAUUAACAUUGGAGGAGUGACUUUAGCUUUGCCAGUGAUAAACAACGUGGCUGCUGGAGGAGGGACUGGACAGGUUGGCCAGCCUGUUACUACUGCUGAUAAUGGGACUUCCAAUGGGAAUCAGUUAGUUUCCACACCCACCACCACUACUGCUUCUGCCAGUACUAUGCCGGAAUCUCCCUCCUCCUCCACUACCUGCACAACCACUGCUUCAGCAUCUCUAACUAGCAGUGACACGUUAGCGAGCUCAGCAGAUACGGGCCAGUAUGCAAGCACAUCAGCUAGUAGUUCUGAACGCACCCUUGAAGAAUCUCAGACACCUGCUGCCACUGAAUCUGAAGCCCAGAGCUCUAGUCAGCUUCAGCCUAAUGGACUGCAGAAUACACAGGAUCAAUCAAAUUCUCUUCAGCAGGUGCAAAUUGUAGGCCAGCCUAUUUUACAACAGAUCCAGAUCCAGCAGCCUCAACAACAGAUUAUUCAGGCCAUUCCACCACAGUCAUUUCAACUCCAGUCAGGGCAGACAAUUCAGACCAUCCAGCAGCAGCCGUUGCAGAAUGUUCAACUUCAAGCAGUAAAUCCGACUCAGGUGCUUAUCAGGGCUCCAACUUUAACACCUUCAGGGCAAAUCAGUUGGCAAACUGUACAGGUUCAGAAUAUUCAGAGUCUUUCAAAUUUGCAAGUUCAGAAUGCUGGGUUAUCCCAACAAUUAACCAUCACCCCAGUGUCUUCAAGUGGUGGCACAACUCUUGCUCAGAUUGCUCCUGUGGCUGUUGCUGGUGCCCCAAUAACUCUGAAUACUGCCCAGCUUGCAUCAGUGCCUAACCUUCAGACAGUGAGUGUUGCCAACCUGGGUGCUGCAGGCGUUCAAGUACAGGGAGUUCCAGUUACAAUCACUAGUGUUGCAGGUCAGCAGCAAGGACAGGAUGGAGUAAAAGUCCAACAAGCUACUAUAGCUCCUGUAACCGUAGCAGUUGGAGGAAUUGCUAAUGCAACAAUAGGUGCUGUUAGUCCUGACCAACUCACUCAAGUGCAUUUGCAGCAGGGCCAGCAAACUUCUGAUCAAGAGGUGCAACCUGGCAAGAGGCUUCGAAGAGUUGCGUGCUCCUGUCCUAAUUGUAGGGAAGGAGAAGGAAGAGGCAGUAAUGAACCAGGAAAAAAGAAACAGCAUAUCUGUCAUAUUGAAGGAUGUGGAAAAGUGUAUGGCAAAACAUCUCACCUACGAGCACAUCUUCGCUGGCAUACUGGAGAAAGACCUUUUGUGUGCAACUGGAUGUUUUGUGGCAAAAGAUUCACAAGGAGCGAUGAGCUUCAGAGACAUAGAAGAACCCAUACAGGUGAAAAGCGAUUUGAAUGCCCGGAAUGUUCCAAAAGGUUUAUGCGGAGUGAUCAUCUCUCAAAACAUGUCAAAACGCACCAGAAUAAGAAAGGUGGUGGGACAGCUCUUGCCAUUGUUACCUCGGGAGAACUGGACUCAUCUGUUACAGAGGUGCUUGGCUCCCCGAGAAUUGUCACAGUUGCAGCCAUUUCUCAAGAUUCAAACCCAGCAACUCCGAAUGUUUCAACCAAUAUGGAAGAAUUCUGAAAAGUUAUUUAUACAGAGACCUCUAGUGCUGCACUUAAGUUUACACACCUUUGAAAAUCUGGAAAUGGGCUGGUCAAGUGGAUUACAGAGUAGGAAAUCAUGUUUUCAUUCUUGGCUUCUUUACGUGUUCCAGGUUUUUGGGUCAGCACAUGAAGUGUUGAAUUUUCAAAACUACAAAAAGCAAACUGAUGUACUGGAAAAAAAUGGAAAAGUAUUUCCUCCAUACUAUAAGUUGUAGUAAUUUGGAAAUAUAUCACAUAACCUUUAAUCUGAAUCUUUCCCUCUCUUUAUAUCAUGUGUUAACAUGUUUAAAAAGACAGACUUCAGUAGUUUGCAGGCUGGACCUUAAUUAGAUUUGUUUUCUUUGAAAAUACUUUAUUAUAAAUUCAGUCAGUAAUAAUUUAUGUGUAUUUCUUUUUCUCUAUAGCACAGAAGAACAGUUAACUGAUGAUAGGGAUAAUGCUGUAUUUCCUUUGCCUGAUUUUUGGAAAAUCAACUGAAAACAAUUUUGGCCAUCUUUUCUAAAUGUUAGAAAUUCUUCAACAGCUGAAUUAGGUAAAUUCCAAAAAACUAUCUGAGAUGCAUCUCAGAUCUUUAUUACCACUACAUUGUAGUAGUGUGUAUGCAGACAAUCAGUGAAGUCCAAUUACUUUCUCCAUUUGGAGACACGAGGAAUUUAGAACUACAUUUUAGGUUAAAUUUUAGAUUGAAACCUUAGGAAAAUGCUGGAUAAAAUGGUUAAAACAGAACGCAUAAUAGCUUCAGAAAAAUAACAUAAGACAGCUUAACAUGGAAAGUUUUAAAGUUAGAAUUGAUUAUAUUACUAACCCUAGGUCGAACCACAAAUUCAUUUUAAAUGUUUAUAUUGGAAAUAUUUGCGUAGAGUAAAUCAUUCUGUAGUUUCAUAUUCUGUAAAUAUGAGUUAUGUUGACAAUGUGCAGAAUUCUUUAAGCUUUGACUUUGUAGCCAAAGAAAGAAUUAUCAAAUUAAUUAUCACACUUCUUUUAAGGCCAGCAGAAAAUUGUCUUAUGACUCCUUUUUAAUUUUCUUUUUCCUCUCUACUAAAAAUCAGCCAACUUCAGUUUAUUUCUUGUACUAUGUUAGAAGAUUGAUAAGGAACUUAUAUAACACAGCAACGUCUUUAUGUUAUGUCAGUAACUGAAUUUUCCAUUUAAAAAAACAGCCUGAUAAUUAUAUAAUAGAUUUGCUGUUAUGAAGCAAAAAUUAUUUUUAAAAAAUCAGAAUAAUAUCAGUCAAAUAAAUGACUAAAGAAAAAAAUGUAUUUCAUUGUUUAUGCAAGGGUCUUAAAGGAAGGGGCCUUAGGAAGGAUGGCCAAAAGUUUCAUAUGAAAAAAAUUUGGAUUGUACCAAUAGCUUAAACAUUAGUAAGCUGUUUCUUUUUUUUUACAAGUAUUUACACUGAAUCAUAAUUGAAUUAAUCAUUUGAAAACUAAAAUUUUUUACUUACUUGGUUUAUUAACAUCAUUAGUUUGGGGACUGUGUGAAUAUAGGUCCAUAUUUUCCUGUGCAUUCUCCAUUAUUUCAGGAAAAGUACUAAAAAGUUUUGCAUAAACAAAAAUAGAAUAUUGUUUAUGCAGAUUCUCUUCCAAAAUUAUUAUGUUUCGUGUACUUUUGAUGAAGGAGAAAUACUGUAAUGAUCACUGUUUACACUAUGUACACUUUAGGCCAGCCCUUUGUAGCGUUAUAUAUAACUGAAGGUCUUUUGUGCUUUCAGUUUGUAUAAAAAGCUUUGAGAUUAAAGGAAAAAAAAAUUUUACACUGUGGUUAUAGAUUUCAAGUUUCUUAAAGCUUUUGUAGACUUGUAACAGAGUCUUUAAAUUUUAGUUGGAUUUUGUAAAUUGUUUUGUAUAUUUUAUUUAACGUACUCUUAACAACUGAUGUACCUGGCUUUAAAACAUCAGGAUCAAUUUGUUGUUUUGUUUGGUACAGAGGAGCAUUUGGUAGUGUUAAUUUUAAUUUUAUUAUAUAGGAGCUGAAACAUCAAAUAUAUAUUUUAUCUAUCAUUAUGCUACACAAUCAGUGCUAUAAAUUUUUUUAUGCUAAGAAACUUUCUUAAUGUUUUAAUCAUGUUUCCUCAGAGUGACUUUUUGUUGUUGUUAAUACUAGGUAUGAAGCACUCUGCACCAUUAUCCCGUGAACCAAUUUUAAUGCAUACCUAUCUAAGCUGAUCAGAAACGAAAGUUAUUUUUUAAUCAACAAUGAGGCCUAUUAUAAAUUGAUCAAACUGAAUCUGGAUAGCUUUAUAGCAUAUAAAAUAUAUUAAUUUGUGUUAGCAGGUGCACAUUUCACCACUGGAAUUAGAAAUAUUUUGACAGUCCGUUCUGCAUACCAUUCUGAGUCCACUUUUCUGUCUUAUAAGAAUUGUAAAUUUCAAUGUCCUUUAUUUGACUCAGUGGGAUAUAGCUGUUAUAAGUAAUAGGGCACAGAUGUGCAGUAGAGUCUUGUUUAAUGGCAUUUCACUGUUCAUUCCCUUUGCAACCAUUAUAAAACUUUUCUUUAUUGUAAUUAUCAGUGCAAAGCUAUGUAUUUAUCAUGGUAGAACUCCAGUGUUAGUUUUUUCUUAUAGUAUACUUUCUUUGGUUAGGUUUGUGUAAGUGUUGCUGAUUACAUUAGAACUUGAUGUUAAGUCAUUAUUUAUCACACUCUCAUGAGAGCAGUAAUAAAAGUGUGUAAUCUAGGAGAAAAAGUUAAUUUGUCAAACUUAGAUAAGCAUGAUGUUUAGGUCCUAUUUUUCAAUUUUAUAACUGUUUUAUUGCAACAAUAUUUGUAUUUAAGUCUUCAUUUUAAUGCCUUGUGGUGUUUUUUUAUGCAUGUCACUAAGUUGUCAUCCCACAUAAAUUGAUGUGCAGCAUAGGGUAUUAAAUCUACAUAAUGAUUUUAAAACAGAAAUAGUUGAUGGUAAAAUAUAAAUGUUUUGCAAAAAUUCCUUAUAAAAAGUUUUGUAGCAACAUUUCACUUGUAAAUUUUUUUGUAAAAAAAAAAAAAAAAAGGAAAAAAAAAAA